CAGUUUUCUUUUAUAUUUAAGAAGUUUAAAUGUAAGUGAACUCUGAUUUAACUGAAGGAAGAUAAACAGAAGAUUGAUUAUUUUGCUCUGGUCUCUGAUUUACUUUCAUUUUUUGUGUGCUAGCGCUUUAUUUUGAACGAGGGUGGCAAUAAUGCAUGUUCAAUGCCGUCUGGUUUAUUAUAGCUGGAUAACUGGAUGCACAAAAGUUCAUAUGAGCUCUUGAAGAUGUAAUUUGAAGUCAGUUGUCAAGUCAUUUAGCAUAAAACAUCUCGCAUGUCAGAAUUAUUGUAAUUCUGUUUCCACAAUUCUGUCAGAUCAGCUGAAAAACCAGUUUGCAAUGGCAUCCUUUAUGAUAACAAAUUCAUGGACUUGUCUCAAGCAUCUGUGCCCCCUACUUAGGCAUCCUCUUUAUCACCAACGUGCACCACAAAAGAAUCCCCAGCCCAAUAAUCAUCCCUUCUGCACCAAAGGAGAGAGAAGACCAUCAGAGCUUCAGGGCACCAAGCACAGAGGCUUCACUCAAAGAGAGAGAACUUCUUUCCCAAAGUCGGUGUUUGCAGCCGGCAAUGCCAGAAGAACUGCCGAGAUUUUAAAGAGGAAAUCAGGAGCGGACCAGGAUCAGGAACAGGUCAGUACGGGUUCACUGAAAGGCCGGGCAGCUUUUAUAGCUGAAAUUCCUGAUCAGGCUCUGAGCGUUUCAGAAUGGCGAGAUCUAAAAAGCAACUCAUCCAGACCAGAGCGCUUCGAGCUGAGGAUGAUGGAGGGAAUGCUGGCCAUUGAGGCUGACAUCAGCAUUGCUAAAUCUCUUCUCAGCUAUGUCGCUGCUGAAAGCGGAACCCUGCCGUAUGAACUGCUGCUCAAGUAUCUGGUGCUUUGUGUAUCUCGUGGUCAUCACUCAGAAGUUUCUGACGUCUACGACAUCAUGAAGAGCUGCUUUAAGACUCUGGACAUUGGAGCGUACAGCCUGUUUGUAAAAGCCUUGAGUCAGACUGAGCGCUGGAGGGAAGCCCUGAUCAUCCUGGAAGACAUUAAGAAGGUCAUCACACCGUCAUCCAGGAAUUACGGCGAUGCGGUUAACGGGGCUGUUCUCCAUGGGGACAGAGAGACAGCAUGGCGCCUGUAUGGUGAGCUCAUGAAUCAGGGACUGACGCCCAAUCAGGAAACAUGGCAGUGUUUAUUUGAGAGUGGUGUCAGUCAGCGUGCACACAAAGAUGAAAUCUUGGCCAUCCUGACCUACAUGAGAGAAAACCAAAUUUAUCCGGAGGAGAAGGUGGUCCGAAGCAUUAAAGCAUGGUUUGAAAGUUUACCAGAUGAAAACUGGAGAGGGACGUUUACUUCUGUGGAUCCCCAAGGAGUGUGUCAGGGCUGCGGGACAGAACUGGAGUCCAUCCAGCUGACAGAGGAGGAAUACACUCAGCUAAAACACAGAGUGAUGGAGGAUGUGAUCGAGGGCCGGGACGUCUUCAAUAAGACCACACCUGAGGAGCUGGAAAGUUUUAAGAGCUUUGUGAAGAAAAGACCUGCGUUUGAUGUCAUCAUCGAUGGCCUGAAUGUCGCGAAUAUCACACCGAAGUGUGUAAAAUCAGAGACGCUGUUAGCGGUGGUCUCAGAGCUUCAGGGUCUGAACGUUCUGGUUCUGGGCAGAAAACACAUGCAGCAGCCAUCACGAAACUGGAACAGACACAACAUGAACCAGAUCAAACAGAAAGCACACUGCUUCUUCACUGAGAACAUCUCGGAGGACGACCCGUUUCUGCUGUACGCCGCAUUGCAUUCUGGGAACCACUGUAACUUUGUGAGCCGUGACCUGAUGAGGGAUCACAAGGCGUGUCUCCCGGACAGCGCCACACGACGCCUCUUCUUCAAGUGGCAGCGAGGACAUCAGCUUGUGCUCAGCAACUUCAUCCCAGGGAAAAGGAUUCGCUUUCAGAGGAUGUCACUCUACGAUACGAUAGUCCAGAGCCGUGGAAAUACGUGGCACAUACCCUAUGAUGAGAAUGGAGGAGAGCGGAGCACAUAUGAAGUACCACAGAGGUGGCUGUGUCUAAAUAAUGAUGUGUAAAAUGUGUACAAACUAUACAAAUUAAGAAUGAAAUGGAUUUGCUGGUUAAUGUGAUGUUCGUAUAGUUAAACUUUUUUGUAUAUUGCUUUGGGAACCAAUAAUAAAGAAAA